CUUUUAUUGAGUUUCGCAACGGGAUGAUCAACAUUAGCCCAAUCGGUCGUAACUGUUCUUACAAGGAAAGACUUGAAUUUCACGAAUAUGAUAAGGUUCAUCGCAUCCGCGAAACCAUGAUUACCGACUUACAACACAAAUUUCCGGAGAUGGAUAUGCAGUUUUCUAUUGGAGGACAGAUUAGCUUUGACUGCUUUCCUGUUGGCUGGGAUAAGACCUUCUGUCUAAGGCAUCUCCAGAAGCACGACUUUCGCUUCAUCCAUUUUUAUGGAGACAAAUCGGAGGAGGGAGGAAACGACCACGAGCUCUUUUGCAGCAAGAAGACCAUUGGACACGCGGUCACCUCUCCGGAACAUACAGCGGCUCUUGUUGAAAAACAGUUUGGUCCGUUGUAAAAACUUUUAGCUAAAUUUAUUAAAAAAUGCAGAUUGUAUUUUGUAUACGCAAGAAAGUUAUUCAGAAUAGGCGAAGAAAGGGCUGGAGGUGGCCCCGACCGCGGCCCUUCUACUAGAAUUUGGUGUAAUCAAUAUCAAAAGAGGUCAUAUUUCGAUUGGCCCGAAGCUGCCUGUUAAGGGUGUAGUUGCACUUUUUUUCCAAAGUCAUUCUAAUAGCGUUUGUCACGUGACUUAUCUCGUAUCCAGCAAAGCUCUGAUAACUUUUUUGGGGAGCAUUCAUGGUGCUUCGCUUUAUUUGACAAGCACAUUUAGCUGAUGCACCUGUAGAGUUAAAGCACUAACAGGAGUUGAGGGAGACUUCAACAAUAUUAUCUACCAAUCACGUCGAGGGAUGUAGAGCUCUUUAUGCUUUCUAG